GAUCAUUUGGGUUUUUUUUUUCUUUUACUCUGUGGGGUUUGAGGCUUUUAUUCUAUGGCUGCAGUAGCUAAUGGAAACAGCAAUUUGGUUGUUGAAACAUCCAAAUCAGAAUCAAAGGAUUUCAAUGUUCAAAAAAUUGUUGAUAUGUUCACAAAGUUGAAUCCUUUGGCCAAAGAAUUUUUCCCAUCAUCUUAUCAUCACAAUCCCACCAAAACUGGUGAUUUUAAUCAGGUCCCUGCUAAUAAGCAAGGGAAUUACUCCAAUAGAAGGGGAAGAAACAACAACCAGGGGAAAAGAAAGCUUAAUGGUAAAGCUUUUCAAGCUCAAGCUCAAGCUCAAAGAGACGAUAGCAUUAGGCGAACGGUAUAUGUUUCUGAUAUCGAUCAGAGUACCACUGAAGAACAACUUGCUGGCUUAUUUAGUAAUUGCGGACAAAUUGUUGAUUGCCGAGUUUGUGGUGAUCCGAAUUCAGUUCUCCAUUUUGCUUUUGUGGAAUUUGCAGAUGAAGAGGGUGCGAGAGUUGCUCUGAACCUUGAUGGUACAGUGCUCGGGUUUUAUCCAGUUAAGGUCUUGCCUUCAAAAACUGCCAUCCUGCCUGUGAACCCUACAUUUCUCCCUAAGUCCAAAUACGAAAGGGAAAUGUGUACCAGAACAGUUUAUUGUACAAAUAUUGACAAGGAGGUUUCUCAAGCUGAAGUGAAGAAUUUCUUUGAAUCCUCGUGCGGUGAGGUCACUCGCUGGAGGAUUUUAGGGGACAAUGUGCAUUCAACCUGUAUUGCUUUUGUUGAAUUUGCCAUGGCGGAAAGUGCCGUUGUUGCAUUGAGUUGUAGUGGACUGGUGCUCGGAACUCAGCCGAUCAGGGUAAGUCCUUCAAAGACACCGGUGAGGCCACGAGUUACCCGACCAACAUCGGGUUAACCAAUGGAUCUAGCCUUUUAAGACCUAUGGAUGGAAUCGGGUGACUUCCCGAUGGCGAGAGAAACUCUGUUGCGUCGACGGAUUGGUAAAAACUUCCCUCGGUUUCGUUCUUUCCGUCUCUCCCGAUGCAACCGUUUCAUUCUGUUUUUCUUUUAUCUUUGCUCGAAGAUAUCGGCACCAUGUGUCGGAUUCAUAAACCUUGAGAACUUUUUAACCUUAUUCCAUCCCUUUGUUUUGACAAUGUUAUCUUGGUGGGUUUAUUUGCUA